GCCCCCUCCCUUCCUCUCCCGGGCUCGCGGACUCUUUGCAGCCUCUGGUGCCUCGGGGGAUGUGAGGCCGGCGCCCCCGAUCCCUCCCUCCCCGCACCCGUCCCGUUCCCCACCAUGAGCCCCCUGCUCUGAGGGCCCCGGCCCCUGGAUGCACAGACCCGGUGCUGAUGGGACCCAGGUGAGCCCUGGCCCCCAGUAUCCCAGCCCCACUGGCACAGCCAGUUCCACCUUCUGCCCAGCACUGCCAGUCCCUCAGCUCCAGCCCAUGGACCUCAGGGUAGGGCAGAGGCCCCCUGUGGAGCCUGCGGCAGAACCAACUCUGCUGGCCCUGCAGCGCUCUCAGCAUCUGCAUCAUCAGCUCUUUCUUGCUGGCCUCCAACAUCAGCAAGUGGAACAUAUUCAGCUCUCCCUAGAGACUCCAGUGCAAGAGGCACCAGGAGGCCACCAAGAACAGGAGCUGAGGCAGCUUCUCCACAAGGACAAGAGCAAACGGAGCGCUGUGGCCAGUCAUGCUGUGAAACAGAAAUUGGCUGAAGUAAUUCUAAAGAAACAGCAGGCAGCAUUGGAAAGAACUACCCAUUCCAACAUCCCCUUCAGAACCUUGGGGUCUCUAGAAACAGAAGGAACUCCCCCCACUGUGCUGAACAGUUUCCUGCCCACAGUCCCCAGUCUGCUCAGUGACUCCCCAGAACAUUUUCCCCUGCGUAAGACAGUCUCAGAGCCCAACCUGAAGCUGCGCUAUAAGCCCAAGAAGUCUUUGGAGCUGAGGAAGAACCCACUACUCCGCAAGGAGAGCGCUCCUCCCAGCCUUCGUCGGCGCCCCACUGAGCCCCUUGGGGAUUCGUCCCCUAGCAGUAGCAGCACUCCUGUUUCAGGAUGCAGCUCCCCCAAUGACAGUGAGCAUGGCCCCAUACCUGCCAUGGGCUCUGAGGAGCUCUUGGCCCAGCGGCUUCGACUACAGGAAAGUUCAGUGGCCCCAUUUGCCUUGCCAACCGUGUCCACACUUCCUGAAAUCACCCUGGGGCUCCCUGCCACCACCCGGACUGAUGGUGACCGAAGGACUCAUCCUGCUUUGGGACCCCGGGGACCUGUCCUGGGGACCCCCCAUGGUCCCCUCUUCCUACCCCCAGGCCUAGAGCCUGAGGCAGGGAGUACUUUGGCUUCCCACCUACAACCCAUCCUCAUCCUGGAGCCCUCAAUCUCUCACCCCCCACUGCUGACUGUGCCUGGGCUUGGGCCACUGCCCUUCCCUUUUGCCCAAUCACUACUUUCCAGUGAACGGCUUGCAGGGUCAGGCCCGCAUACUCCACUGAGCCGGACUCGCUCAGAGCCCCUGCCCCCCAGUACCACUGCUCCCCAGCAGCCAGGCUCCCUGCAGUCUCGCCUGGAUUGGCUGAAACAACACUCACAGCUGAGCAAGAGGCCAGCAAAACCAAGCGAGAAGCCUCGACUUCGGCAGAUCCCCUCAGCAGAGGACCUAGAGACCAACAGCGAUGGGCCUGUCAGAGGCCCAGAGCACAGGGACCUCGGCCAUGGGAAGCCUGACGUCGGGGGUCCUGCCCCCUCCCAGCAACACCAACAGAUAUUCCUAUGGGAACAGCAACAACGGUUGUUGAGUCGGCUUCCCAGGGGAAGUUCAGGUGACUCACUGCUGUUGCCCUCUCCCCAAAGUGGACACCGGCCCCUGUCCAGGGCACAGUCCUCUCCAGCUGCCCCUGUCUCCUUGCCAACUACCGAACCACCUAGCCAGGCGUUAGUACUACCUUGUCCUGAGACCCCUGCCAGGACCCUGCCCUAUACAACUGGGUUGGUGUAUGAUUCAGUGAUGCUCAAACACCAGUGCUCCUGUGGGGACAACAGCAACCACCCUGAGCAUGCUGGCAGGAUCCAGAGCAUCUGGUCAAGGCUACAGGAACGGGGGCUCCGCAGCCAGUGUGAGUGUCUCCGAGGCAGGAAGGCUUCAUUGGAGGAACUUCAGUCAGUCCAUGAUGAGCGACAUGUGCUGCUUUAUGGCACCAACCCGCUCAGCCGACUCAAACUGGAUAAUGGAAAGCUUGCAGGGAUCCUGGCCCAGAGGAUGUUUGUGAUGCUGCCCUGUGGUGGGGUUGGGGUAGACACAGAUACCAUCUGGAAUGAACUGCACUCCUCUAAUGCAGCCCGCUGGGCUGCUGGAAGUGUAACUGACCUUGCCUUCAAGGUGGCUGCCCGAGAAUUAAAGAACGGUUUUGCAGUGGUGCGGCCCCCAGGACACCAUGCUGACCAUUCAACUGCCAUGGGAUUUUGCUUCUUCAACUCUGUGGCCAUUGCAAGCCGACAGCUACAGCAGCAGGGGAAGGUCAGCAAGAUCCUCAUUGUGGACUGGGAUGUUCACCAUGGCAAUGGAACUCAGCAAACCUUCUAUGAGGACCCCAGUGUGCUCUACAUCUCUCUACAUAGACAUGAUGAUGGCAAUUUCUUUCCAGGCAGUGGGGCUGUUGAUGAGGUGGGGGCUGGCAGUGGAGAAGGCUUCAACAUCAAUGUUGCCUGGGCUGGAGGCCUCGACCCACCCAUGGGAGACCCCGAAUAUCUGGCAGCCUUCAGAACAGUCGUGAUGCCCAUCGCCAGGGAAUUUUCUCCUGACCUGGUUCUGGUGUCAGCUGGAUUUGAUGCUGCAGAUGGACACCCCCCACCUCUGGGAGGCUACCAUGUCUCUGCCAAGUGCUUUGGGUACAUGACACAGCAGCUGAUGAGUUUAGCAGGAGGAGCCGUGGUUUUGGCCUUGGAGGGCGGCCAUGACCUCACAGCCAUUUGCGAUGCCUCCGAAGCCUGUGUGACCGCUCUGCUAGGUAACAAGGUGGAUCCCCUCUCUGAAGAGAGCUGGAAACAGAAACCCAACCUAAAUGCCAUUCGAUCUCUGGAAGCUGUGAUCCGGGUGCACAGUAAGUAUUGGGGCUCAAUGCAAUGGUUGGCCUCCUGUCCGGAUUCUUGGGUCCCCUCAGUAGCAAUGGCAGACACAGAAGAAGUGGAGACAGUGUCAGCACUGGCCUCCCUGUCAGUGGGCAUCCUGGCAGAAAAGAGGCCCUCAGAGCAGCUGAUGGAGGAAGAAGAGGAGCCUAUGAAUAUCUAAGGCUUCAGGAUAAAGCAAUCUACCAUCCACUCCUGCCCUUCAGACCUAGAUCUUCUAACCAAUGGCCACCAUGUUUAGUCCCUGAGGCUUCAGAUCCCCAAGGGUCCUGGUCUGAUGCCUGCCACUCCUGCUCCUCCCUUGACAAGUCACCCAGAAAAUUUGGGAGGAUCCUCAAGCCCGAGGGUGGGGAACAGGGGCAAGUCUCCAGAAAGGAACUAAGAGAGAUAAGGGAGUGGUGCUCAGCCACUAACCCACCCUGGGCCUCUCCUCCCAGGGCAGAUUCCUCUAGCUUUCUGGAGCAUGGCUUACUAGGACCUCUGGCUUGCAGGAGAAGACAGCUUUUUGUGGGAGUCUGACAAGGUUCUUGGCUCUCAAGCCUCAAUCUACUCCUAACCACUAUCUCCAACCAGGGGCCCCAGCCCUUUGCCACACAGCCUUCAAGGUCUGUAUGGAAAUGUGAACUCUCAAUCCUUCCUGCAGUUAGAGCUCCAGAGAAGACAGGUUCAAUGGGAGGCCCCCAGAGGUCUCCUUCCCCCUUGUGCAUGAUUAGAUAUCCUGUCAUCUCUCCACUCCAAACUUCCUGGGCUUUCAGGGAUGCCCUUGCCAGGCACUAGUAUGCAGCACAAUCUAAGAAGAAUUGCUAGUUAGACAAUUCUCCACCCCACCCCCAUCUUCAGUGCCUGGACUGUGUAUUACCUUGACUCAACCAUCUCAGUAUCCUGGGGAGUGAGCAAGCUGUCCCUCUCCCCCAAGCAGAUGGUGCCAACUCCCUUAUCUUCUCUCUGGGAAACAUAACUUAGAGGGAGCCUUAUCUUUUCCCAUCUUAAGGCUUCCAUUCAGGCUUGAUUCCUGUCCCCACAUAGAACUGCCUUAGCUGAAGGAAAGGUGAGGUGAGCUAAAGAAAAGAUGUGGGCCAGUGAGAAGGGCUGCUCCUGGGGACAUCAGCACAGGGGCUUCCUAGCUCCAGCUUGGGGCCAGAAAGUAUUUGUGUGUGUGCGCAUGUAUGUCUCCCCCACAAAACUCCUGUGUAUGUGCAUGUUUUUGUUUAAGAAAAAGAAAAAUCUGAAUAAAUGUUUAUUUGCUUUAAUACUGCACAAGA